UCAAUUAGAAUAACAACUGAGGCCCCCUUUCCCGUUUUUUCGUAACUGUUAAUCCGCGCGUGUGUGCAUUUUUUCGUUAGAAUCAUCAGCUCAAAACUUCGAAGAGUAUUGAAAAGUGGUUUUUUAUUACUUCUUCUUCCGUUGUUUACAUCGGUCGGGUUCCCCCCUACCCCACUUCUACUUUUACUUAACAGAAUCCCAAACAGGCUCCGAUAGAAUUUAGAACGGCGAACUGGCAAAGUCCGUCGAGUUACGAACUCGGUAAAAGCUGCGAAAAGAGAGAAUUGAUACAAAAAAAUGUGCUCGUGAGCACGCGACGGUUGGCGGUUAGUGAUGACGACACGCGACAUUGUUUGGGUGAUAAUUUUGGUGAUGAACGUUUUUGCGAGCACGUGCCUAUGCGACGCGGCCCGCCAGGACGCCCCUGCCGAUACCGGCGUCGAAAGAGACGAAUUAGACGUAAAUAUUAACGAAAUAAAAGCGGAUGAUGUGGAAGAAAUGGAUGAAGCAAAGUUUAUGCUCGAAGAAAACGGCGGUGGCAAAAAGGGCGGCCACAAGAAAGAGAAAAAAGGCCUUAUGGAGAAGAUGAUGCCGAUGAUGGUCAUCCCGUUCCUGAUAUCGUCCGCGCUGAUCCCGUUCAUGCUGAUGUCGCUCAAAUUUCUGCUGAUGAAGAGCGCGCUGAUCGGCAAAGUGGCGAUCGUCCUGCUGCUGCUCAACUUCCUGCGCAACAGGGGCACGGGCGGGGGCGUGUUCAGUCACAACGUCAACGUCAUGAACGACGUCGCUCACGAGCACUACGGGUACCAAGGUCACGAGGAAUAUGGCGCUUACGUCAACAGGAAGAGGCGGAAAAGGGCGGCGAAAAACACCGAAUGUAAAAUAGUAUCAGUUGUUAAAUAA